AUGAUAUCUGAUAAAACAUUAUUUAAAAUUGUCAUAUUUAUCGCGUUUGUAAAUGACAAUUUUAUAACUUCAGAAAAUGAUAAUUGGGAAGGUUUCUGGUCUUUUGUGGUAGCAGCAAUAGGUGGUCUGCUCGUGUCACCACUAAUCUUAACAACAAUAAUUCGUAGAUUAGAAUUUAUGACAGCAGAUGCAUUUGUUUCUUGGAUUAAGUCAUUAAGUGAAAACGAAACUUUUCUUUCGACUCUUGAAUCGGUUGGAGCUGCUAGUUUUGGAGUUCUUGAUAAAUUGAUAAAUAAUUUUCUGAAAGACACUUUGGGAGAAAAGGUUGGACCAAAAGUGACAGAAAUUCUUGAUGAAAUACCUUUCACUGAAGCAGAAAAACAAAAUUUUGAAAGCUUUGUUCAGGUUGAAGAGUCAAAUAAUAACAUGAUUAUUUUCAUCCUCAUGCCAGCCUUAUUAUAUAAUGAUUUGAUGUUAAAAUGUUUCAUUGAUGCAUUUGGAUCUAGCUCUUCUUUUGUCGCUUCUAAAUUAUUUAGAUUUGAUUUUAAAGAAGAAAAUUCGACAAGGUUAAAAAUAGAAGGAGAUAAGGUGAAUGAUACGAUUUAUAACUCGUUAAUUAGCAAUUUUGAUGUAUCAAAUGUGAAUUAUAUUUGGAAGGAUGACGACUUAAUUGGAUAUAAUUUGGAUCUUAAUGAUUACAAAAUAUCAAAUCCUGUGAAAAAAAUCUUGGUGGCAAUUUGGAAAUUAAUUAAUUGA